AUGAGCAACAAUGAUUUAUGUGAAACCAUAGUCAAUCAUGCCAACCGCAUCUAUUAAUCACUUGCCAAUCUCAAUUCACAUUAGAAUGAAAAUGGUGACAUAAGUAAUUCUUAUCAUAUUAUCAUUUUAGCUAAUCCAUCAAUGACAUCCACAGGGCCAUCAAUUCAGGGAUUGGCAUCAAUUUUGCUGUUGAUGAUGCUUGCUUAUGCAUUCCUAUCUUUUAUCUCUCCUAGAAAAUAAAUUUUAUCUCAAAAGGAAUAAUGCAAUAGACAACAAUAUAGCAACGAUGAAGAUGAUUGA